CCAGGCCACCCCAGGCAGCGCGCGGGUCCUGGCGUGGGGGCGGGGAAUGCCAGCCCGGAAGAGACUCAGCGCCGCGCAUGCCCUUUCCUUUCCAGCCUCGGUCCUGGACGCAGCGGCUGCUGAAAUGUUGAUGCCCAAGAAGAACCGGAUUGCCAUCUAUGAACUCCUUUUUAAGGAGGGAGUGAUGGUGGCCAAGAAAGAUGUCCACAUGCCUAAGCACCCUGAACUGGCAGACAAGAAUGUGCCCAAUCUGCACGUCAUGAAGGCCAUGCAGUCUCUCAAAUCACGAGGCUACGUGAAAGAGCAGUUUGCCUGGAGACAUUUCUACUGGUACCUUACCAAUGAGGGUAUCCAGUAUCUCCGUGAUUACCUCCACCUGCCCCCUGAGAUAGUGCCCGCCACCCUGCGCCGCAGCCGUCCUGAGACUGGCAGGCCACGGCCCAAAGGUUUGGAGGGAGAGCGACCUGCAAGACUCACACGAGGAGAAGCUGACAGAGACACCUACAGACGAAGCGCUGUACCCCCUGGUGCCGACAAGAAAGCCGAGGCCGGGGCUGGGUCAGCAACCGAAUUCCAGUUUAUGGUGUCAUCUUGGGCAGGUACUCUGUGUAUCACUUUCAUCGACUGUAAAAUAAAGGUGAUGAUUAUAGCUCUCUCAGGUUAGUAGUAACAGUUAAUC